AUGAGUGAGAACGAGGACAACACCGGCGCCCACAGGGUGCCACCCGGCCCUGUAAGCGAUAUCUUCGCAUCAGCCGUCACUGCUUUCAAUAGUAAAGGGGGCGGCGCUGGUGUCAACGCCUCGUCUCAUAAUGCUCCCGGAAAUGUUUCUCACGUCCUCCCAACUACCGUUGAUAUUGAUAACCACCACCCUCAUGCUACCGACUCUGUCUCUCCUCGGGUUGAAGGCUUCCGGAGAAACGAGCUGAGGAAAAGAGUCCGCAAGGUCCUCAACGCCAGUUCUCUUUUAAAGGAGAUGAAGGCGGGACGGUUACGGAGGAAAAGCAACCUGCGGACACCUGGCGCCCCACCUGGCGUCGACGUCAAGCGGCCCAACCCGACUCUCGAAGCUAUCUUCAAAAGUGAUGCGGCAAUCCGAGUCGUUGACUACUCGGCAUCGAGAUAUGUGUACCAUGACUUGAGCAGGUUCACAUUAGCGGAGUUUCUGCAAUCACCACGACCAGCAUGGGUGAAAGUACGAUGGAUAGACAUCCGAGGUUUGAGUUAUCCGGCUAUCCAAAUUGUUGCGGAUCAUUACCGCUUGCACCCAUUGGCAGUGGAGGACACGUUUCACUUCCCACAAGCUAUCAAAGCGGACUGGUACGAAAACCAUAUCUACCUAUCGAUGCUCCUUUGCACCGUUGACGACGGGGCACAGGACACCGAGUCCGUGUCCGAGGACGGCACCGACGAUCACUACACCCGCCGGACUCCACUCUUCCAAAAUCGGGUGGAGAUCAAAGUCUUUCCGGGGAUGCCCCCCCGGCCCAACAUCGUUACCGAGCAGGUCAAUGCGUUCCUGAUGCGCGACGGCACACUGCUUUCCAUUUUCCAGAGUGAUGGAGAGCAGGCUACGGCGCCGUUGUAUGACCGUUUGGCGGAGGGUGGGACGACGUUGAGGGAUAGCGAGGAUGCUAGUUUCUUACUGUUCUCUCUGAUGGACAUUAUAACCGACCAAUUCUUUCCCAUCCUCGACGCCUACAAACACCAACUGGACCUCCUCGAAGCCUCCGCCCUCGAAAACCCCAAAGCCGAAGCCACCCAAGAACUGCACCUCAUCGCAAAAGAGCUCGGCAUCCUGCGUCGCGCGCUGAUGCCCACGCGCAGCCUGGUUGCGACCCUCCGCGAGAACAACAAGGCGUAUUACGUGCAUUCGGAGCCAGUGAAUACGGCGCCGUUUGUGAGCAAGCUGACGAGGACGUAUUUGGCGGAUGUGAAGGAUCAUGUGGGGGCGGUGGUGGAUGAACUCGAUAGCUUUGAGAAUGAUGCGAGGCAUUUGAUUGAUUUGAUCUUCAACACCGUUUCGCAUUCGACGAAUGAGGCAAUGAGAUCCUUAGCGAUCAUAUCACUAGUCUUCCUGCCCAUCUCGUUCUUAGCAGGCGUCUUUGGAAUGAACUUCGAAUACUUCCCCGAACUUCACUGGGGAAUGGGAGUUUACGGAUUCUGGAUUAUCGUCGGAGUAAUGGUCUGUCUGAUGCUGAUGACGUUCAAGUAUAUGGGCUGGUUCGGGAAGUAGAAUCAACGAGCCACGGGAAAGGCUGUUAUGAGCUUUUUGGGGGAUGUAUCUGCAAUGAGUGCUGGAAUGGCUCAGUACAACUUCGUUUUGACGUAUUACUCGAAUAUCAAUCAUCAAUAAUCAUGCGUGAAGAAACAUCAAAACAAACAUGCAUUGCCCUGUCUCAGACCGCUGCCUCUCGCCUGGGAACGAAUGGGAGUGAAAGAUAUAUGCAUAUGACCCGAUGUGGGACGAGGGCAUAUGAAGGAGUUAAAUUCUACUACUCGGGCUAGAUCUUGAGGGAAGGUGGGGGAAGACGCAGCAUCCUCGAGGGAUCCUUACGAUGCACAAGUCGCGUUUUUUGGCCAACCUCUUCUACUGUCGAUGAUCAUAAUGGGGUUCUUUUCUCCAAU